UAUUCAAAUGCCCCCAUUCCUCAAUCAUUCCACCUUUCUCCAAAAUCCUCUUAUUAGGGUUCUACAAGGGUUUCUCCUUACGUAUAACAAUGGAAAAUCAAACCAGUGAAAUCAGCUUUUGAUCAUCCGUUUAUAGAUACAAUUCAUAUAUACAACAGUUAUUAGUUGAUGAAUGGCUGCUUAUCAACCGAUCAGAGGUAACGGGCCUGGUUUACAGUUUUUGAAUUUUCCAUUUGGAGACACCACGCACACCAAGGUUUUUGUCGGAGGACUGGCAUGGGAGACACAUAGUGAGACGCUGCAUCGUUAUUUUGAUCAAUUCGGAGAUAUUUUAGAGGCUGUUGUCAUCACUGAUAAACAUACAGGGAGAUCUAAAGGCUAUGGUUUUGUAACAUUUCGUGAGGCUGAAGCUGCAGAGAGGGCUUGUGUGGACCCCACUCCGGUUAUUGAUGGUAGGAGGGCAAAUUGUAAUUUGGCAUCCCUUGGGCGGGCCCAACCUUCUUUCACAUAUGGACAUGUGGGACCCACAGGAAACUACUUGUGGGGUCCCCAGAACAUGGGAGGAUCCUAUCGCCAACCGGUUCCUUAUGGACCUUAUGGUUAUCAACAAUACCCUUAUUCUUUAUAUGGGUAUUCAGCUUAUGGACCCGAAUAUGUCUUUCCUCAGGUUCCGUAUAAUCCUUAUGUGGGCCAGCAUCACCCUCAGAUGUUGGGCAGUCCGGGCAGUGUUUUCCCAUAUAGUCAGAUGGGCCCGCCUGCCCCGGGCAGCCCUGGGUAUAGGGCUAUUCAGGGAAUUGUAACACCUGCUCCUAAUGUUAUGCCUUAUGCUACACCUAAUGUCAUUACAGGCGUUGCUCCACCAUCUUUUGGACAGGCAAGGAAUAUGUUUCCAUCCGAAUGAAGAUGAUGUAAUCGGUGGACAAAAUGGUCAUUUUUUAAGGAUGACUGUCACGUGGUUCUUCAGAAGACUUCAAUUUUCACCUUGGAUGAAUUUUCAUUUAGUGGCAAGAGGUGAUGAGAAGUCAUGGACGAAGGUCAAAAUCAGGUCAAUUAUCAAAAGUCAAAACUCCAAAUCCUGGAGUACGGGGGUCAAAGUGCAAGAAAUGCAUUUUUAUGGGGGGUCAUAGUGCAAAGAAUGCAUUUUAUGGUGGGUCACAGUCGUGGAGUGUUUGGUUACAAGAUUGCAGGAAUUGGUUUCCUAGCAAAAUCAAAAUUAUGUAUUAUGAGAGAAUCAACAUAUGAUUACUCGAUUGUCAACUAGAUUAGUGUUUAAGCAUGUCUUUAAGUCACUAUUUGAUGG